UUAAUAAUCGGACCAUCAUGCCUAGGCCAUAACAACGUAUUUUCUACAUAUCUGUUCCCAGAUAAUUCGGAGUUUGUAAUGAAAACUUUCGGAGUAUUGGGUUUCAUGUACUUCCUCUUCUUGUGUGGCGUGCAAACGGAUUUUACUGUCAUCCAGAAAGCUAGUAGGAAGCAGAUAUACAUUGCAUUAUAUGGAGUCCUCAUUCCAUUAACAGCCACUCUAAUCGUCGCAAUCUGUCUCCGGGAUACUUUAACAGAGGAACUCCAGACGGGUGCUUCCAUUUGGGGAGUCGCUUCAUCUCUAUCUAUAACUGCAUUUCCUGUGAUUUAUACAAUUGUGAGAGAGUUUAAUCUUCUGAGUUCGGAUAUCGGACGAAUGGCCUUAUCGACUGCAGUCAUCAGUGACAUGAUUGGGAUAAAUGGGGUAACUGCAUUUGAGGCAGCUAAACAAGGUGAAGGAAGACCAAUGGCUGCUUUAUAUUAUUUGAUAUCAUUAGCCAUUGUCAAUGCUGCUAUAUUUCUAGGAAUUAGGCAAUUGAUGUUAUGGAUAGUACAAACAACACCGGAAGGAAAACCGGUGGAUGAAUUAUACAUUGUGCUUAUAUUAUUGGGAGUUGCGGUGGCUGGUUUUGUAUGUGACAUGACUGGACUGGCUAUUGCCAAUGGACCAUUGUGGCUGGGGUUAGCGGUGCCCGAUGGUCCUCCUUUAGGCGCAACGCUAGUGGAGAAGAGCGAGACGUUUUUAUUGGAGAUCUUGCUUCCAUUUUCUUAUGUUUACAUAGGAUUAUAUACAGAUGUGUUUUCUCUGCAUGGCCGGUGGGUGAGUUUGAGGCCACUUUUUUACAUGGUGGCUUGUGCUUAUUUAACCAAACUCGUGGCUACUUUGCUAGUUUCUCGCUGUGUGUAUCAGAUGCCUCUCAGAGAUAGUUUCGCACUUGGUCUAAUUAUGAGUUUGAGAGGUCAGGUGGAGCUCAUUUUGUUCAUCCACUGGACAGACUUGCAGAUGAUAACACAACCGUAUUUUACAAUGCUGGUGCUGACAACUACUGCAAUGACUGCUAUAGCUUCGCCACUGAUCAACAUUGUCUAUGAUCCAACGCGGCCUUACAUGCUUAACAAACGAAGAAACAUCCAGCACAACCCUCCCAACAUGGAAUUCAAAAUCAUUCUCACGGUCCAUGAUGAAGAAAGUGUACCUGGAUUCAUCAGUCUCUUCGAAGUCUCCAAUCCCACUCCAAGUAGCCCAAUCGUCGUAUUUGCUCUCCGUCUCAUCGAGCUAGUUGGCCGCGCCACUCCUCUUUUCAUAGACCACGACAAUCAAGAACACAAUUUCAACUACACCAGCGCCAACCCAAUCCACAACGCCUUAAAAUCCUCCCAUGAUUCAAUGUGCGGAUUCAUCAAAAUCCACCCCUUCACCUCCGUCUCUCCAAAGCGAAGCAUGUACCAAGACAUCUGCGAACUAGCACUCCUAAAAAAAUCUUCACUGAUCCUCCUCCCAUACAACAAAGACCUUCUCAAGACACAAUCUAGUAUCGAAGGAGGCGAUCAAAUAAAACACGUGAAUCCUUCAAUAAACUCCAACAUUUUAGCCCAUGCACCAUGCUCUGUAGGAGUUUUCGUAGACAAAGGCUUCUUCCAGAAGCCUCAUUCUUCCGUUAGCAACUCAAAGUCCGUGAAUCACCACUUCGCAAUGCUCUUCUUAGGCGGCCCCGACGCUCGAGAGGCUCUAGCUUAUGCCGACAGAAUGGUUGGACACCCCGAAAUUUCCUUAACAGUGGUGCGCUUCCUCGCGAUGGAUGGCGAAGGAGACAACCUGAUGGAAAAGAAGCUCGACGAUGGGCUGGUGACAUGGUUUUGGGUCAAGAACGAAGGGAACAGAGCUGUGGCCUAUAGAGAAGUAGUGGUGAAAAAUGGGGAGGAAACAAUGGCUGCAAUACAGUCAAUUAACGACGUUUAUUAUGAUUUAUGGAUCGUUGGAAGAGGUAAUGGGGUUAAUCCGGUAUUACUAGAUGGAUUAACGACUUGGAGCAAUAGUGACGAGCUUGGGAUAAUCGGAGAAUAUGUGUCGUCUUCGGAUGUAAGUGCCACAGCUUCGGUAUUAGUAGUGCAGCAACAAAUUUUACGAGAUCAAGGACAAGUCAGACACAAGACAGCAUUUACUUCCCGUAAUUUGUAGUUUGUACAUGUAUGUAAAUUACUCCAUCAGGACUAAAGUAAUUCUAUAAAAUCUUGAGAUUUU